AUGGGUGAUAUAAAAUCAACGUUCUGGUCCGAUUCAACUGUGGCACUACAGUGGCUCAAAUCUCCACCCAGUACCUGGAAGACCUUCGUAGCAAAUCGGGUCUCAGAGAUCCAAACAGCAACACACGGAUCAGUUUGGAAUCACGUUUCUGGCACUCAAAAUCCGGCCGAUCUAGUUUCCAGAGGUAUGCAAGUUGAGGAUUUUUUGAAAAGCAAACUGUGGGUACAGGGGCCGAACUGGUUGUCUGAAGCAGAAGCGAAAUGGCCAGUUUCACGAUCACUCACUACCAAGGAAGCAGAAGGAGAAAGACACCCAGAAUUUGUUGCUGUUUGCAGAAGUGAAUCAUCGGUAAACCCUCUCUUCUGUCAAUACUCUCGCCUUUCUUUCCUGAUUCGAGUAGUAGCAUACUGCCAGAAGUUCAUCCAGAAUGUUAAUUUGAAAGCUCGAACUAAUCCUCAAACUGUUGUUAAUUCAAAACCACGAACACUUACGGUAGACCAACUAUCCCAAGCCAAGCUUCUUUUAGUACGUCUUGCCCAGGCUGACGGAUUCCAGGAAGAAGUUAAACAGUUGACCAAAGGGGAGAUUUUAGCCAAAUCUUCUAAAAUCCGAACAUUAAGACCAUUUAUUGAUUCAGAGGGUAUCAUACGUGUGGGGGGGCGGUUAAACCUUUUGCAACAACCAUUCCUAUCCAAGCACCCAGCUCUGCUCCCUACUUUCCAUCCACUAACAACAAUGAUUGCCAAAUUUUAUCACCAAAAAUUGGUUCAUGGUGGCGGCCGUGUUACUUUGGCCGUAAUGCGGGAGACAUACUGGCCAGUAAAUGGACGUCGACUUAUGCACCUCAUCAUCCGAAAUUGUAUCCCAUGCACUCGAGCCAAUCCCGUUCCGGCGCAGCAACAAACAGGGCAGCUUCCAUUAUCCAGAAUCACCGUUAGCAGACCAUUCAGCAUCACAGGAAUCGACUACGCAGGUCCAAUCUAUUUGAAACCAAUCCAUAAGCGGGCACCAUCUAUGAAGGGCUACAUAUGCGUCUUCAUCUGCUUCGUGACCAAAGCGGUCCACCUCGAAGCAGCUACUGAUUUAUCAACAGAGGCCUUCCUGAACGUUCUUCGACGAUUUGUCUCUCGCCGAGGCCGACCUACGGAUCUACAUUCGGACAAUGGCAAGAAUUUCGUUGGAGCAAAAAAUGAGCUACAUCAUUUGUUUUUGAUGCUCUCUAGCGAAGACGAACUAGGAAAAAUUCAUCGAUCCUGUGCAGAAGAAGAGAUCAGAUGGCACCUCAACCCCCCAAAGGCCCUCCACUUUGGCGGACUCUGGGAGGCUGCCGUAAAAGUGGCAAAAAAACAUCUGUAUCGCCAAUUGGGUAAAUCUUUGCUUUCUUAUGAGGAUUUGUCCACAGUUCUAUCCCAGAUAGAAGCCGCCAUGAACUCACGCCCGAUUGUUCCUAUGAGUGAUGACCCAAAUGAGUUAUCCGCUAUUACUCCGGCACAUUUUCUUAUCGGGUCAUCAAUGUAUUCCUUGCCAGACAGAAAUUUGUGUGACGUAGUUCCUAACCGUCUCAAUCAUUAUCAUCGUCUUCAGCAACUCUAUCAACAGUUUUGGCACCAUUGGAGAAAGGAGUACCUACAGGAAAUGCAGAAAGAUUUUAAAUUCCGGGAACCAAAUCGUAAUUUGGUACCCGGUCAACUGGUCAUACUGAAAGAUGAAUUUCAACACCCUGUCCGUUGGCCACUGGCAAAGAUCUCCAAAGUUUUUCCAGGCAAAGAUGGUUUGGUGCGAGUGAUUGAUAUCAAGACUGCAAAAGGCAACUUCAAGCGCGAUAUCACUAAGAUAUGUCCGCUACCAAUCGAACGAACGGUAUCAACCCAUGAAGAUAGUCAACAGUCCAAUUCACCGGAACCAAUCCACUGA